AUGAUAAAUUAUCAAACUAUUUGGCAAGAUCAAUUACCAAGGUAUUUCUUUCUGUUUAGACUAUGUUUAGAACAGAGUCAGUCAUCUGAAGAAGGUGUUGAGGUUAUUUCUAAAUAUUUGGAAGCUCACGGACCCAAUGAGACAAAGUAUCAAGCAUCAUAUAUAAUUUGUGAUUGUGAGAAAGUCUGGUUAUUGAAUACAGCUGGAAAACUAUGGGCUGCUCAACUGCUACCAAAUGGUCUAAGCAAAAUCUCCCCUGGUUUAAGUGUGAAAACAAUUGACAAAUGUAGUGGGAGUAAUAAAGAUGAACUAGGAGAUUUUUGGCCAAGCGAAGGUUCAAACUUCUCAACAGAAGUUAUAAGUAGCACAUUUUCAAUUUCCGAACUCUUCAGUGUGUUACGAGAUAAGAAAAAUAACGCCUUCCACGAUCAGGAAAAUGUUCAACCAACUCAGAAUAGUCACGUGUCAUCAUUAUCUCAAAAUAGAUUAAAUUGUCAUUGGUUUACCGCUACUCCUGAUCCUAGCAUCUCUGUUUUUAAACCAUUUAUUUUCACACCCGAAUGCUGUUGUUUCACCCUUAACAGUCUGCAAGAAACAAGUAUGAUGGCACAUACAUGCAUGGCCUUUUACAAACUUCACUCAGUUGGUGCGACGGAUAGAGCAAUUGAACUGCUCAAAGAUAUUGAAGCGUGCUGCGUAGGAGAAGUGCAGCUGUAUCUUGAAACAGAUUCUAAUGUUAAUCCUGAAUUGGACGAGUUGAUGAAAGAUUGUGUGGAGGCUGAAGUUAAAUUUUAUCGUUAA